CGAUCUAGCAGCCGUUCUUUUCUGUUAAGAGUCUGUUAAAGUCUACUUGCUGUAAUUCCCUCGAAGGACUUCCCGCUAAAAGGGUACACUCACGUUACGAUGGGCAUUUGGGGCUGAAGCGAAAGGAGGCAUUACCAUAAUGUUUCCCGUAGUGAAUACGUGAACAAGCUAAUAUAGUGAGCGUUUGCUAAUCUUACGUUGUAUCGCUAAAAAUUUACGUAUUUUUUAGGUAACUAAUUGCAGGUGUGGCACAUAAGGGGGAAAAAAGAUCGAAGUUGUUGGACAGUAUGACAAAAUGAGAUGUUACUUACGAAAAUCAUGUCGUCGCUCGUUGCUUUUAGUGGUGUACACCUUUUUCUUUUACGGUUUCCUACGUGGUUUGCUAUCACCGUUGAUUUUCUCGUACAGUCUAGGAAGCGAAACAGUUGCUGACGUUAGGAUCCCGAAAUUAAGUAGAAACUUACCGAUUUGUGCCCAUAAUUUGCUGAACCAAAGUGACUAUCAUUACGUCACAUGGGCAAGGAAAUCGAGCAACAGUAACCAUCUCUUGUCCAAAACAAAAGAUGAGUAUUCUUGUCGAUUAAUGUCUUACAAGAUCAAACAGGCGGUGACGUGUUUCGACAUCCAGGUUGAAGGCACUGCCGGACGUGAUGAAAAUGCUACCGUUGAAAGAUUUCCAAAGAUCCAUUUAGUCUUCAUCGGAGAUUCGAGGAUACGACAACAAUUCUUCUAUUUUUUAAGGCUUAUCCCGAAUUACGAUAGAAUAACCAAUCCUUUGGAAAUUCCUCGGAACGUCGUCCCUUUUCACCACGGAGAUGUUGACGUCGACAGCAGAGUCCUCGGAGUAAGAAUCUCAUUUAAAUGGCGACCCAUCAUAAACGAUACGCUGAUUGAAAUGAUACAUCAUUGGGCGAUCGCCAAUCACAAUGAACGACCCAAUUGGAUUUUAUUAAGUAUGGAGAUUUACCACAUGUUGCAAGAAUAUGGGGCUGACCAUCAGCUUUACCAAGAGAAGCUUGCCCAGUUUGGACCCAUCCUCAACAAGCUGGCCAGUGUCAGUCAAGUGAUAUGGCUGAAUCAGUAUCCGGUUGUCGAGCUCUAUGCAAAAACAGGUACGAGAAAUACAGAUAUCCACGUGCAAAAGGUUGAUCAGUACAACAAAGUAACGCGUCGUAUACUCAAGAAUUUUAAAAACAUCCGAAUAUGGGAUUCGAGCAAUGCCUUGACAGAGGAGUACGUUCGUGGCUGUCUAAUAAAUCGCGAACGUGAAAACCCCGAUCCAUUUUUCGUCAAAAAUGGCAAGAAUCCAUUCAUCAACUGCAAGCCCUACGUGAAUUGCCUGGAUUUUGUGCAUACGGGUUACGCAGCUCUUUCUAGUGCUACGCAGCUUUUAUACAACGACAUUUGUAAUAACCUGUUGUACCAACAAGACGACAUAAAAUAAACUUUGAGCUUAUUAGUUUAAAA